CGAGGCUUUUGCUAGGGAACCUGCUGUUGUCGCCCCGCCCCCUCCGGGCUUUUUGUCCCGUUAACUGUCGGAGUGGCUGGGGCUCCAGCGCCGGGCGACAUGCCGGUGCGCUUCAAGGGGUUGAGUGAAUACCAGAGAAACUUUAUGUGGAAAAAGUCAUAUUUGUCAGAGUCCUGUAAUUCCUCAGUGGGGAGAAGGUACCCAUGGGCUGGACUUAGAUCAGAUCAAUUAGGAACUCAAGGCAAAUGUAGAACUAAGAUCCAGCAUAAUGACAUCUCACCCCUUCUCAUCUUGGUCUGCUGUACAUAA